AUGACAGGAAGGAACCAAACUGUACUUUCAGAGUUCCUACUCCUGGGCCUUCCCAUCUGGCGAGAGCACCAAAACCUUUUCUACAUUCUGUUCCUGGCCAUGUACCUUAUCACCAUCCUAGGGAAUCUCCUCAUCAUUGUCCUCAUUCACCUGGACUCCCAUCUCCACACACCCAUGUAUUCUUUCCUCAGUAACUUGUCCUUCUCUGACCUCUGCUUCUCCUCUGUCACAAUGCCCAAGCUGUUGAAGAACAUGCAGAACCAAGUACCCUCCAUCCCCUAUGCAGGCUGCCUGACACAAAUGUACUUCUUCCUGUUCUUUGCUGAUUCAGAGAGCUUCCUCCUUGUGGCCAUGGCCUAUGACCGCUAUGUGGCCAUCUGCUUCCCCCUGCACUACACCAGCAUCAUGAGCCCCAAGCUCUGCUUGUGGCUGGUGGUGCUGUCCUGGGUGCUGACAACGUUCCAUGCCAUGUUGCACACCUUGCUCGUGGCCAGAUUGUCCUUCUGUGAGGACAAUGUGAUUCCUCACUUUUUCUGUGACAUGUCAGCUCUGCUGAAGCUGGCCUGCUCUGACAUCCAGGUAAAUGAGUGGGUGAUAUUUAUCAUGGGAGGACUCAUUCUUGUGAUUCCAUUUGUAGUCAUCAUUGUGUCCUAUGCACGAAUUUUCUCUUCCAUCCUCAAGGUCUCUUCUACUCAGGGCAUCUGUAAAGCCUUCUCAACCUGUGGCUCCCACCUGUCUGUGGUGUCACUCUUCUAUGGAACUGUAAUUGGUCUCUAUUUAUGCCCAUCAUCUAAUAACUCUACAGUGAAUGAGACUGUCAUGGCUAUGAUAUACACUGUGGUGACUCCAAUGCUGAACCCCUUCAUCUACAGCCUAAGGAACCGGGACAUGAAGGGAGCCCUGAGAAGAGUGCUUUGUAAGGAGAAAAUUCCCUUCUGUCUCUGA